AUGAGUUCAAGUCAUGGAAGAUAUUCUGACAUCUAUGUUGACAAUACACAUAAACUAAUCAAUUCUAAUAAUGUGAAUGAUGAUAAAGUUUCGGAAUGUGAAAUAUCAUCAUUAAAAGAAUGCUUUGAUUUUAGUAAAUACAAAAAGAUUACAAGUCCAGUUACUCAUGACAUAGAAAAUGUAGAAUUGACCAAACUUCAUGAUAACAGUGUUGGCAAACAAAGUACAAACAGUAGAGGUCUGUAUAAAAACUACUCUGAGUAUCAGAAAGAAUGCUUUUGGCAAAUGGUUAUUGAAGAAGGGUCCUCUGCCUAUAAAGCAGCUUUAUCAAAUAAUAUAAAUUUACGAACUGCCUAUACCUGGAAAAAGAAUUGGAACCGUAAAAUUUUCGAAGAACAAAAUGGUAUAUUUCGUACUCCCAAAAAGCGUGGACGUAAACCUCUUCUUACAGAUGAACAUAAAGAGUUCUUGAAUGACUUAGUUGUUGAAGAUGUAAAUUUUACGUUAGAUUCAUUGUCAAAAAGACUUAGAGACACAUUUGAUGAUGUCAAUGCAAGUAAUUCUACUAUCUAUAACUUUGCGACCAGAGUCUGCAAUUUCAGUUUUAUAAACAACACCAAUUCAGGAGCAAGAGGCAAACUGGUUGAAGUAAAUGAAAAGAGAUAUGAAUGGGCAAAUGAACAUAAAGAUCUUGACUUUAAUAAAAAUUGCGCCUUCAUUGAUGAAACUAGUUUCAACGUUGCAGGAGAUGUAAAGAUUAGUUUAAUUGGAGCGAUCUGUGCUAAAGGAUGUAUUGAUUUGAAGUUUCAAGUCACGACUAAAACCGAGUAUUCAAAAAAUAAUCCAAUUGGUGAUAGUAGAAGUCGUCUUACUGCUAGUGAUUUCCAUUGUUUUAUAGAAUCUGUUGUUCACCAGAUAACCACUAAUAAAGAGUUUGGAAGUAUUAAAUAUUUAGUCCUUGAUAAUGCUGUUAUACAUAAAGGCAAAAACACUCGUUUAUUGGUAGAGAAUAAUGGAUUGGAGCUCGUCUUCUUACCACCGUAUUCACCUGAUUUGAAUGCAAUUGAGGAAUUCUGGCCAGAAUGUAAAUCUAUAAUCAAGAAGUCUGUAUUGAGCAAAAACAAAGCGUUAACCUCAACAGUUAAAGAAUCAGUAGGUAAGAUUCCCAAUGAAAGUUAUGAUGAUUUCUGCAAACAUGCUGGUGAUUAUGCUCAACAUUGUUUGGAUAAAUAG